UGUCUUAUUAGGUUCGUGGAACGACUUUGUUGAAGAACCUCAAGAAAUUGGAGUUCCCGAGGUACUUACGCCACGAUAAACGUCCGUGCGCGAUAUACACGACGGAACGGGGUUAUUUUCUACGCUAUCGCAUCUCAUGUAAGGAGCACGGGACAAUCAGUAUUUAUUACGGGAUUCGUUGAGAGGAACCGCCUAUUGACAACAUUCUACGAAUAUGCUGAGCCCAAAAAUGCAGAGGACUGUGAGAGUGAACGACUCGCAGCUCGUCAUGCUGUCCGAGAAAGCGCACGACGAUCACUCGAUGCGGGGAUAUUUGCAUAAGCGGACCGCGGACUCUGCCAGGUGGCAAUUACGUUGGUUCGUUUUAUAUCAGAAUUUGCUCUUCUACUACGAGAACGAACACUGUUCCAGGCCCAAUGGCGUUGUUUUGUUAGAAGGUUGCUACUGUGAUCGCCUCAUCACCGCCAAUGGCAAACAUCCAGAUAAACAGCAUGAAAUGAAGGUCACUUACGAAGAUUCACAAUCUGAAAUGUCCCAAGCUACAAUGCUGAAGCACUGUUUCGCAAUAUCCUACAGACGGGAGAAUGAACGGAAAUACGAGCUGAAAGCGGCCGGCGAGCUGGAAUGCAAAACAUGGAUCGAUGCAAUAAGGGACGCCAGUUUCAACAAAUUACUGCUGCAGAAGGAGAAGCUCGAGCAGAAGUAUUUGCACUUGUUGCGCAUCGUAGAAAGUGAAAAGACAGACAAGUCUCAGUAUGUAAGUCGGUGCGAGGAUCUUGCGUUGGAAGUACACAAACUUCGGAUCGAGUUGAAUGCCGCGAGGAAGAAGCUGAGAGCUUCCUCCCAGUGUCACGGUGCAAGUUCACAUGGCGGUGCAUUAUUCGGCAGCGGAGCAGAUAGUUCCGGAGUUUCAGGAGCUGGAUUGUUGGGCAUCACCGAGGGCUCGUUGGAAAUGCAAAAAAUUAAGAAGGUUCAGAGUUUCUUCAGAGGCUGGCUGUGCCGGAGACGAUGGAAGCAAAUCGUGGAACAGUACAUCAAAAGCCCUCACGCGGAAAGUAUGCGGAAACGGAACAGUUUGGUAUUCAAUAUGGUGGAGGCUGAGGAGGACUAUACGAGACAGAUGGAGAUUUUAGUAAGCUGUUUCUUGAGGCCUUUUAAAAUGGCUGCGAGUUCGAAGAAACCUCCUUGUUGCCACGAGGACGUGAAUAGUAUAUUCUUGAACAGCGAAACGUUAUUGUUUCUUCAUCAAAUCUUCCUAAAGGGUCUCACGUCUCGUAUGGAGAGCUGGCCCACUUUAGUUUUAGGCGACCUGUUCGACAUGUUGCUACCUAUGUUAUCAAUUUACCAAGAGUACGUCCGAAAUCAUCAUUACAGUCUGCAAGUGUUGACACAUUGCAAACAGUCAUCGCCGUCAUUCGCGGCAUUGCUCACUAGACUGGAGAACAAGCCUGCUUGCGGAGGACGUACUUUGGAGACGUUUUUAACAUAUCCUAUGGAUCACUUUCCAAAAUAUAUUGUUACACUGAAUGAGUUGUUGGCGCAUACACCGUUCGAUCACGUGGAACGUAAAAGCCUCGAAAAUGCGAAGCAACAAUUAGAAGACUUAUCGAGGCAAAUGCGCGACGAGGUCAGCGAAACCGAGAAUUUAAGAAAGAAUUUGUCAGUGGAACGAAUGAUUGUCGAGGGUUGCGACAUUUUACUCGAUGUUAACCAAGUAUUCGUCAGACAGGGUACGCUCAUCCAAAUUUUAGAUAAGCCGAAAGGAGCACGAAGUAGAUUCACUGCGCCUUUUGGUGGUAAAGGCGGCGACAAGGAAGCAGUCAGACAAUGUUUCCUCUUCUCUAAUCAUUUGUUACUGACGACGCGUCAAUCGGACGACGACGGUCGGUUAAAUUUGGUUCCGCAAGUUGGCAAAAUACCGCUCUCGGAUGCUAUACUAGUGGAGGAUCCAAGUGAUCAAGGAACCGCGGAUGAUGACGAACUCUCAGUAUGUUCGAUGUCCAGCGGCAUCAGCGAGAGCAGCGGAAGUGGUGGCGAAAAUACCAUGAAUCAUCUUCAGAACCGUGACUUUAAGAUUAUAGUCGAUUUGAAGCUUGGCGGGCCUCAAGUGGUGGUACACCUUAUAGCUGCUACUAUACAGGAAAAGGCUGCCUGGAUCAGCGACAUCAUCCAGUGCAAGGACAACGUUUAUUUCAGUGAUCAUUUAUUUCGCGGCUCGUUGUCGGACACCAGCUCCGCCGCGAUGCCGCAGUCGUAUAAAAACGAUCCGAGCCUAUUCAAGGAUGACGUGGACAUCAGGUUCAGCAGGAAAUUGAAUUCCUGCAAGGUCCCUCACAUUCGUUCCGCCACACCCGAACGGUUGCUUCAGCAACUUACCGAUCUACGAUUCCUCAGCGUAGACUUUCUUAAUACGUUCCUGCUAACCUACCGGGUGUUCACCGACGGAGUGACCGUGCUCGAAGCUCUGAAGAAAGUGUUUUACGAGGCCGAACCACCGGGCGCUGAUCUGCCAACGGGUUCUUUUGAAUCUUUGGAUGUAUUAGGGACUAACGCAGACACGCAGUCGCAAAUGGACGACCGAAGGAGGAGCAUCGUUUCACCUCGAAGGACUAGCGCAACUAGUUCUGUUUCCGGAUACGGAUCAGAAAUAAGCGAAAUAAAAAGUCACGGUUCCUGUGAUUUCUCUGGAGGAUAUACAGUCAGUCCGAAAGGUUACAACAAAGGUGGAUAUAAGAAGGAAGACGAAAAACAACAAUCGCAACACCACCAACAACAACAACAACCACAAGAACAACAGCAGCAACAACAGCCGCAGCAACCUGUGAUCUCGGAAACGCCAUCUAUUAUGAAACGCAGCCCAACUAUACAAUCGUCCGCUGCAUCCGCUGGAACUCAAUCUCCCGCCUUGCCCCGUAAAAAUGGCGCUCAGACGGAUCAAGAUAAGAAAGAAGAAAACGAUGGUUAUCAUUUGACGAUACCGAAAGUGAUUGCUGUCUCGUCGAGUUCUGAAACGCUUACGGAUAACACUGUAGUAAGCGCCCCUUCGUCACCCAGCAAUUUAAGUUCUGUUACUUUAGUCGGGUCCACUGGGUCUGGAUCCGGUUCUGGAUCAAGUCCACAGGAUGGAGGCACCUAUUCUCGUGGUGCCUCGGAAGACACUGACACUCCUGUAGCAACGGAAGAAUCGAAAGAAGAGGUGCAAUUCACGUACGAGGACUCGGAACCCGACACCCGUAAAGCAGCGAAACAAGAUACACCUACGCAAACUCCUCCAACCCCGAAAACGAAAUCUGUUUCAACGAUAACUGAGAAAGAGUUGAUUGGACAAGACAGAGACAGGCCAAUGGCAGUCGAGAGUGAAACCACUGGCUCGUCUACACGGCCUCAAUCGCCGGAAAAACUUCCACAAAGAUUUUUACCACAUUACUGUCAACACAGAGCAUCGAUUGCUUCCGCUCCAGCUGCUACAGCGAGAAGCGGCUCUAUAUCUACGACUACUGGUAAUCACUGGCUCAACAGACGUUCGAUUCAAGAAACGGAAAUAUCGUUCCAGUCAGGGUGCUUCCAGCACGACAAAGUGUCCGGUAAAGUUGGAGUAGUGGUAACCAGCUCUCGGCAAAGUCAUCGAAGCAUUGGACCUGAACCUCUCUGGAUUAGCAGAGCGAAAGCAUUUACCGCAUUCGCCGUUGCAACGUCUGCAGCCAGCAACUCCAUAGACAAAGACUUCGAUGGAAGCAAUCGCAGUGGAUCUUACAAGCUGAAACGGAAGGAAUCGCUGCUGUCAACUGCGGCCACGAUGCGAGUACUCAACGUUCUGAGACAUUGGAUCUCGAAACACGCUCAAGACUUCGAAACUGAUCAGAAAUUGAAAAGUUUAACGAUUAGGUUCCUGGAAGACAUCAUGUACUGUCCACAUCUGUUACCUGCUGAACACAAAGCCGCGAACCAACUUCUUCGAUUAAUCAUCAAAGAGGAACAAGAGAGCAGCAAAGUAGAUCUUAAGAAGCUCUUGGCUCCACCAACUACUCCAAGCAAGGAGACGAUUGAAACACUCUCAGCGUUAGAAAUUGCGGAGCAAAUGACAUAUUUGGACCAUAAAAUAUUCAUAUCCAUUUCGAAUGAAGAAUUCCUUGGACAAGCAUGGAUGAAAGAAGAUAAAGCCACCCGCGCCCCCAAUAUCCUCCUAAUGACAAAAAGAUUCAACGAGGUCUCUCAGCUGGUUGUUUCGGAAAUCAUUCGGCGCUCCAAUAUGUCGGCAAGAGUCGCGGCGAUUGAAAAAUGGGCGGCAGUAGCGGACAUCAGCAGAGUUUUACAUAAUUACAACGGAGUGCUACAAAUCUGUGCAGCCUUCAGGAAUAGUAGCGUUUACAGAUUGAAAAAAACCUGGGAAAAGGUUCCGAAACCGACAAGGCAGACUAUAGACAAACUUCAAAACAUUGUCUCCUCGGAUGGACGCUUUAAAAACCUGAGAAAUGCUUUACACCGAUGUGAUCCUCCCUGCAUUCCAUACUUAGGACUCUACUUAACCGAUCUCUCCUUCAUAAAUGAGGGGACACCAACUAUGACCGAAGACGGCCUUUUGAAUUUUUCGAAAAUGCGAAUGAUUGCUAAUGUGAUUCGUGAGAUACGACAGUUCCAACAGACACCGUACAAGAUCGAGCUAAUAACGAAAGUGACGAACUACCUGUUGGAUCCGUCAUUGCUUUUGGAUGACAAGGAUCUGUACAGCAUGUCUUUGGAGAUCGAGCCAAGAACAUCCAGGCUAAGUAGUUCAACCGUAAUUAAUCUGCCACCCUCUGUGAGCAAUACGCCCACGAAGUAAAAUCUAAGUGUCAAGUUACUCGAAAUGAUUAUCAAUACGUAAUUACUUCUUAUACUCAAGCUGUUUUUUUUUUA